UCUUACGGAUUCAUCUCAGUGCACCUGAGGCCAGGAUCUGUCAGCAGGUGGGUCAGCGUGCUGGCUCCUCCCCCUCCCGGCGGCAGCGUGUGCUCUCAGCCGCCCCCUUGCACCUCGUGCUCGCCAGGCCUACGCGCCCGAGCCCAUGCCCCCAGUUCCACGUGGUCCUCCAACGCCAUGUGUGUCCCGCACACUAUGGAGGUGGGCAAGCACAGCGCCAGCCAAGGACAGGGAAUCUGCGGUGGCGUUCCCCUGGAGCCAUUCAUUCACCAGGUGGGCGGUCACACCAGUAUGAUGCGUUAUGAUGACCACACCGUCUGCAAACCUCUGAUCACCCGUGAGCAGCGUUUUUAUGAGUCCCUGCCACCAGAGAUGAAAGAAUUUACCCCUGAGUACAAAGGUGUGGUGCUGGUGUGCUUUGAAGGUGAUUCUGAUGGUUACAUCAAUCUGGUGGCAUAUCCGUAUGAAGAGAGCGAAGGGCUGGACCAUGAAGAACUGUCUGAAAGAGAUCAGCCUCGCCGGAAACAUUCUCGACGUAGCCUCCACCGCUCCAGUAGUGAGCACAAAGAAGACAGACAUGCUCACGAGAGCGAUGGCAAUGACAAUCUGCAGGAGUUGAAGAGCCCUCUUCUGGAUCUACAGAUGCAUUCAGAUGUUCCCUUUCAGAUGCUUGACAGCAACAGUGGCCUGAGUUCAGAAAAGAUCAGCCACAACCCUUGGAGUCUUCGCUGCCAUAAGCAACAGCUCAGCCGAAUGCGCUCUGAGUCUAAAGACAGGAAACUCUACAAAUUUCUGCUGCUGGAAAAUGUGGUCCAUCAUUUCAAAUACCCCUGCAUCCUGGACUUGAAGAUGGGCACCCGGCAGCAUGGUGAUGAUGCUUCCGAGGAAAAAGCUGCUCGUCAGAUGAAGAAGUGCGAGCAGAGCACAUCUGCCACAUUAGGAGUUCGAGUGUGCGGUAUGCAG